UUGUCUGCGCAUGCUCACAUGGGCGCUACAUUGACCUCGCUUUUGUAUGUUCCACAUGUGCUUGCUUGCUAAAACAGCCGAAUUCCCUGUCGAUUCCGUGGUUCAUUGGGCGAUAGAAGUCGGCCUUUCGGCACAUGUUGACCUGAGGUACUUGAUCGUUGACGAUUAGGCGAGUUGGAUACCGAUAAGCAGCUAAUUUGGCUGAAAAUACGGCUGCGACUGGGUACGUGGCGCCAUUUUGACUGAUCCGCCACACGCUUUGCCGACUCAUUUGAGCCGAAUUUCGGGCCGACUUGGCUUUGGAAAGUCGGGACGGCUGAAAACCAAUCAUGUCGUCCAAUAACUACAGCAACGAGGACAAUUCGGCUGACAGGAACGUCGAAAUAUGGAAGAUCAAGAAGCUGAUCAAGAGCCUCGAGAUGGCCAGAGGCAAUGGCACCAGCAUGAUCUCGCUCAUCAUUCCGCCCAGAGACCAGAUUUCCCGAGUCAGCAAAAUGUUGGCCGACGAGUUUGGCACAGCGUCCAACAUCAAGUCGCGUGUCAAUCGCCUGUCGGUGCUUGGAGCCAUCACCUCUGUGCAGCAUCGCCUCAAGCUCUACACCAAAGUGCCGCCAAACGGACUUGUAAUUUACUGCGGCACCAUUGUGACAGAGGAGGGAAAAGAGAAGAAGGUGAACAUUGACUUUGAACCUUUCAAACCAAUCAACACCUCGCUCUACUUGUGCGACAACAAGUUCCAUACGGAAGCACUGACUGCUCUUUUGGCUGAUGAUAAUAAGUUUGGUUUUAUUAUUAUGGACGGCAACGGUGCCCUUUUCGGCACUCUGCAAGGAAACACUCGUGAAGUCCUUCACAAGUUCACUGUUGAUUUGCCUAAGAAGCACGGUAGAGGAGGUCAGUCUGCACUUCGUUUUGCUCGUUUGAGAAUGGAAAAAAGACACAACUACGUGAGAAAAGUUGCUGAAGUCGCAGUAACGCUUUAUCUACCUGGUGACAAACCAAACAUUGCUGGCCUCAUUUUAGCGGGUAGUGCAGACUUCAAAACCGAGCUUAGCCAAUCAGACAUGUUUGAUCAGAGAUUGCAAGCAAAAGUAAUCAAGCUGGUGGACGUAUCGUACGGUGGAGAGAAUGGAUUCAACCAGGCCAUUGAACUUGCAGCUGAGUCCCUCCACAAUGUUAAAUUCAUUCAAGAGAAAAAGCUUAUUGGACGAUACUUCGAUGAAAUCAGCCAAGACACCGGAAAGUUUUGCUUUGGUGUUGAGGACACUCUCAAGGCACUUGAACUUGGCAGUGUGGAGAUCCUUAUUUGCUGGGAGAAUUUAGACAUUCAGCGCUACGUGCUCAAAAACCAUACGUCCUCGGAAGAAAAGAUUCUGCACCUUACCCCCGAGCAGGAGAAAGAUAAAUCGCAUUUCACUGAUAAGGAAACUGGUGUGGAGCUGGAGCUGGUCGAGUGCCAACCUCUCCUUGAGUGGCUGGCCAACAGCUACAAGAGUUUUGGUGCCACCCUCGAGAUCAUCACUGACAAGUCGCAAGAAGGCUCACAGUUUGUCAGAGGAUUUGGUGGCAUAGGAGGAAUUCUGCGCUACAAAGUUGACUUCCAGUCACUUCAGGCUGACGAGCCGUUGGACGAUGUCGAUCUUGACGAGUAUUAACCUGCUUAAACUUUGCCAGGGUUGCUCCGCUACAAGGUGGACUUCAUGAGUAUGCAGUUGGAUGACAUGGACGAAGACCUCUACAACCUGGAUGACUACUGAACUAACUGACCGUUAAUCGCGGACACAAAGUGAUAUCGUUUUCUGAUUAAGUUUGUUGAUUUGCCCCUUAAAACGGUCGAGUUCAACAGCACACACACCAACAAACCACUCUUUCCUCCUUUGAAUGUGCAUCAGUGCUUGCUUCCGAACGAAAUUUUAUUGUUAUUUCUUUUCUACAUAGACAUCAAUUCGAAUUUUGCAUCCUGUUUAGUUCGGCCAUAAUGUUGUGCAAAAUCGAAUGGAAAAAAGUGUAAGCAUGUUUUAUAUAUGAGCACAGCAGCCUGGUUGUCAGCAAUUUCUAAAAAUGUGUAUAAAAGAAUUAAUUAUGAUAAGUGCAGUUCAUCGUCAAAGUCUUAAAAGGAGUAUUUGCAAUUGUAUAUCAAUAAAAAUGGGAUAUUCAGAA